ACACUACUAAUCUUCACUCUCAAACAACAAACUCAAUUUCAUUCCAUUCACCAUUUUCAGCUAACUACUUAGUACACAACCAUAAUACCAUUAUCAUCAUGGGUAUUCGUUUGCCAUAUAUGGUUCUUCAAGCAAAACAGAUAUUCAAGUCCACUGCCUCAACAUCACAGCUUCAUAAUGGAUCAAAACAAUCCAACAAUGUUCCAAAGGGACACAUAGCAGUUUAUGUUGGAGAGUUGCAAAAGAAGAGGUUUGUGGUUCCAAUAUCUUACUUGAACCAUCCUACCUUUCUUGAUUUGCUUAACAGAGCGGAAGAAGAGUUUGGUUACAAUCAUCCUAUGGGUGGUCUCACAAUUCCUUGCAAAGAAGAUGCAUUCAUCAAUCUUACAUCUCAACUACGUUCCUUGUGAAAGAUUCAUGUUCCUAUAUAUGCUAGAAUAGAAUUAAAAAUAAAAUGUACUAUGUAAUUAUUUAUUUAUGCAUGUAAUAUAUGCAAUGCAAUACAUAUUAGACUACUAUGAUUCACUUCA